UUGCCGCCAUUUUAGGUUUAGGCGCGCAGCGUGUUCGUUUGUGUGUCUCGAGCAGGCUGACCGUGUUUGUCUACUACGUGGUUUUUCAUUCGAUGAUAUUUACGCUUUGUCAGUUUUAAAAGGUGAGUAAAGAGCUGAAAAGCAGAGAUGAGUUACGGUAGGCCUCCGCCCGACGUCGAGGGCAUGACCUCGCUGAAAGUGGACAACCUGACUUAUCGGACUUCGCCCGAGACGCUUCGGCGCGUUUUCGAGAAGUACGGUCGCGUCGGAGACGUGUACAUCCCGAGAGACCGGUACACGAAGGAAAGCCGCGGGUUCGCCUUUGUGCGCUUUCACGACAAGCGGGACGCCGAGGACGCGAUGGACGCCAUGGACGGCGCGCUGCUGGACGGGCGCGAGCUGCGCGUGCAAAUGGCGCGCUACGGAAGACCGCCGGACUCGCACUAUGGCCGCCGCGGGGGACCGCCUCGCAGAUACGGCGGAUACGGACGGAGGAGCCGCAGUCGCAGUCCCCGGCGUAAGAGAGGACACAGCCGAUCCCGAAGCAGGAGCCGCUCUCGAUCCCGAAGCAGGUCUCGUUACAGCCGGUCCAGAUCCAGGUCCUACUCUCGGUCUCGCUCCCACUCCAAGAGCCGCACUCCCCGCAGGAGGAAGUCUAAGUCCCCUUCCAGGUCCCGAUCCAGAUCUAAGUCCAAGUCUCCGUCUAGGAGUCGCAGUCCCCGCUCGAACAGAGCGUCCAAAUCCAAGUCGAGGUCCCGGUCCAGGAGCAGACCCAAAUCUCCCGAGGCCAACGGAACCGCACAGGAGUCGUGAGCCCGAGUUCAGGUAAACGCACAUCUGUAGGAAAGUGAAUUCGGGGUCUUAAAUUGCACAGGUUUAAAUUUAUGGGUUUAUUGGAGUAUUCUUAAUCCAAAACCAUAUAUCGAAGUAGUAAGCUAAACGUUGUCAUUAAAUUCCCCCAACCAGAAGAACAUUCCCAGUUGCCUUCAAAGGAUUAUGGCUUAGUUUACUGAUUUGCCUUUUAGUCCAAUUAGGGUUCUUGUUCUGGUCAAAGAAAUUAAUCUGUAAACUGGAAAAAUACUGAAACAUAGAAUAUAACUAAUAAUAUUCCCUGUUUCUGCAAAAAAAAACAAAAGAAAGGCCAAGAACCCAGACAAAUUUCUCAGCAAUAAUGAGCUAUUUUAGGGAGGAAAGGGAAUGUGUAGGAAUGAUUAAGGUUUACUUUGGGGUAGUGCUUUGUGCCUUGGCAAUGCACUAGUAAAAAGCGUUAAAAUGUGUAUAUAUAUAUAUAUAUAUAUAUAAAAAAGCACAACUGGAACCUGGUUUCAGAGCCAUGGCAGGUAAACCCGUAAGUAUUUUUUUUGUUUUGUUUUUUUAUUUGCAAUAGAUUGUGGGUGGUAAACGUUUUUACCUUAAUGUGGAAUUCUUUCCUCCAAGCUGCUGAUUCCUGUAUGCAAAAGAGGAGUUUGGGGGCAGUUUGAGAGCAGUUAGUGUGUGGUCCGACCAUUGGCUGCCUGCUGCUGCUUGGCGGUUGCUAUGGAGCAGGUCGGUCUCAUUGAGUGUUGAGGUGGUGUUGAGGUACGUUUGAAGGACGACGGACCGAGGCCUUUUUCCAUCUUCCUUGUUCCUAGACGGAAGCAGGACAGACCAAAAAAAAAAAAAAAGCUGGAUGCUUUCUCAAAGCCCGUGCAAAGGAGUCAGCAAAGUAACACACGUAUGACACUUCUACAGUAAUUUCAUUUAUUUUCAGCAUUUGCUGACGUCUUAGAGUUGCUUUCAGAAACGCAUCCCCUACCCCCCAGGUUUUUCUCAUUUUGUUGGUUACUCAACGCCAUUUAGGGUUAACCCAUUAAGUUGAGCAACUUUACAACACAACUCGUUGUUCACUAGACGAGUGUAAAAGGUUUUUUUUUUUUUUUUUACCUUUCUCUCCUUUUUUUAAAUAUACAUUUGAAGGUGGGCAAAAGUGAAUGCAACUAAUGCUGCUUUUAUGGAAGUAUUGGAAAUACACAAGCUAUGAGCCUUAAAUAAUGCCCUAAAUUCUUUAAAACUCACUGACUCUUUUCUUUCCUAGAUGUCAGAUGAAUGAGUCUUCAUUCCGAGGAUCACACCGAAAGGAAAAGUCCAUCUGAGGAUUAAUAAAUUCACCUUAUCAGACCAAAAGGUUGUUGCAAACUCGGUCUACAUCUUUUUUUAAAAAAAACCUUUUUUUUCCCCUUUUUUUGCAUUUCUUCAGUUGACCAGAAUUUUCUGUACCGUGUUUUGAAGUGUGUGAUCAUAUUGAAUUGAAUGUUUGCGCUUAAGUGAGAUUCUUAGGUGGAUUUUUUUUUUCUCUCUCCUUUAUGAUUUUUAAUUUUUUUCUUGCUAGUUUGUGCAUUUGUUUAGUACUUCAUGUAAGUAAUCUCUCAGCCAAUAAAGUAAGUUCAUUUUAUUCAA